AUGUGGAUCACCAAAGGUAGUUCCAUCCUAAUUGUGAUGCUAUGGUUUGUCUCAUGUUUGAUACAGGCCAAUGCAUAUUAUCACCAACAAUGUGGCACCAAAGGAACCAAAUGCUAUGGAAAAUACAUUAAAUGUCCAGCUGAAUGCCCAACCAGUGAAUCAACCAAUCCUAAUGCUAAGGUUUGUCACAUUGAUUGUGACAAACCUAUAUGCAGAGCUGUAUGCAGGCAUCGCAAACCAAACUGCAAUGCACCAGGAUCAGGGUGCUAUGACCCACGUUUCAUUGGUGGAGAUGGAAGAGUCUUCUACUUCCAUGGAAAAAGUAAUGAACAUUUCACCUUAGUCUCUGACACCACACUUCAAAUCAAUGCACGUUUCAUUGGACACAGGCCUUCAGGUAGAGCCCGAGACUACACAUGGAUCCAAGCCCUUGGAAUCCUCUUCAACUCCAAAACCUUCUCACUUGAGGCACCCAAGACACCCCAAUGGGAUGAAAAUGUUGAUCAUCUCAAAUUCACAUACAAUGGUAACAGUCUAGUUCUCCCUGAAGACCCUCUUUCAACAUGGCACUCACCACAAAAAGAUGUGAGAGUUGAAAGGGUGGCAAGUAGGAACAGUGUCAUAGUCACACUAGAAAAUGUUGCUGAAAUUUUGGUCAAUGUGGUGCCAAUAACAAAAGAAGAUGAUAGAAUUCAUAACUACCAAGUGCCUAGUGAUGAUUGCUUUGCUCACUUGGAAGUUCAAUUCAGGUUCUUUGGUUUGUCUCCUAAGGUUGAUGGUGUGCUAGGAAGGACUUAUAGGGAAGAUUUUGAGAAUCCAGCUAAGGUUGGUGUGGCAAUGCCUGUUGUUGGAGGAGAAGACAAAUACAGGACUAGCUCAUUGCUUUCUCCAAAUUGUGCUUAUUGUGUGUUUUCACAGCAAAGUUCAUUUGUGAAUAAGGAGAGCAACAAAGUGGCUGAGUUAAUUGGCACCCUUGAUUGCUCCAAGUUUUCUAAUGGGUUCGGAAUUGUUUGCAAGAAGUGA